UGGCAGUGUGAAAGGCGCCGUGGUAGCCGGCACCCGCGCGGGUCUUGCCUCCUGACCUAGUUCAUAGUGUUGGAUGGUGGCGCCCGCUGGCCUGUACGUGGAGAGCCUCGCCCCCGCCCCCAUGUCCGCCAUGCGUAGAGCCCUCGCGUGCUAUGGUGAACGAGGGAGCGGCGACGGAGGUUCUAAGAGGCGGUGAUGGUGUGACCAAACCACGUCUGCGUCAGGCGGCUCCUCCUCCUCCUCAUCCUCCUCCUCCUCCUCCUACUCCUCCUCUUCCUUCCUCCUCCUCUUUCUCCUUCUCCUUUUCCUUCUUUCUCCCUCCUCCUUCCUCCUGUUCUUCCUCCUCUUCCUCCUCCUCCUCCUCCUCCUGCGCCUGUUCAUCUCCCCGCUUGCACAACAGAUGGGUGCCAGCCCCUUGUGAUGUGAGCAGCAUAAGAAGAAGUGGCUGGAUUCGAACCACAUCCCAGACAUACCCUCCUCCUCAGUUGUUGUGGUGAGUGGGUACGAUUCUGCUACAUGUGAGGGCUGUGGGGGGCCGCGGGGAGGGGGCGGGGGGGCGGGGGGUUGUGGGACCUGCCAGGGGGGUCGCCGGCCCACCCCCUCUUCCCCCCACCCUGCCCCGCCCCCCCUCAACGGCCACCUGCCGCCCCCGCCCCCGUCUCAGGUCGUGAAGGUGGUGGUACUGGGAGCUCCUGGUGUGGGGAAGACUUCCAUUAUCAAGCAAUUUGUGCAUAACGAGUUCCCGGAGUCUCACCAGCCCACCACAGGCCGCGUCAACAGCUGGGCUAACGUGCUGGUGAACGAGAGAGUCUACCAGCUGUGCAUCGCUGACAUCCCGCCUAUACGUGCGUUCCCGCAAAACUCGUUCUCUGAGUGGGCCGACUACCGCUUCUACGGCCUCCGCUCAGCCAUGGCUUACGUGUUUGUCUUCGACCUCACCUGUUACGAGUCCUUCGCACACAUCAAGGCACUCAGGGAUCAGGUGUACGAGUCCCGGGACAUGCGUGAGGUGGGCAUGGUGGUGCUGGGCAACAAGCGGGACCUGCUGGAGGCGUCUGAGCCGCGGGAGAAGCGGGAGCUGCUGCGGGAGAUGCGCGAGGUGCCCGCCGUGGUGAGGAAGCAGUGGAAGGCCGCCUACGUGGAGGUGUCCGCCAAGUGUAACUGGCACGUGGUGGCCGCCUUCAGGGAGCUGCUGCUGGCGGUGGAGGAAGCCCAGGCACACCCCCACGCACGCCCACACAACUUGCAAGAGUUGCACGAAGCAAUUGAACACUCCAAGUGUACGAUAUUGUGAGGCGCGGCCGCGGGCGUCCCGCCACCCACGCCUCUUUCCAGCACAGCAAUAGCCUAACACUGACACCCUCCCUCCCCGACGCCCCGGGAACCGCUGUUACUCCCUGAAACGCACAAGUAAGUCUCAGUGAGGGCGGCGCGGCGCGGCGGUGGCCACCGCGGAGCGGCGCCUUUCCCGCCCCCGCCCACCGCUGCCUCGCCGUCACGUGUCGCGACCCGCCAGGAGGACUUGCGCGCGUGCGCCGCGGCACUGAUGCCUGUGAAUCGCAAGACGAACUACAGUAAUACUAGAGGCUGUUAUGUAGGUGUACGGACCCUAGUUAAGUCGGCUCGCUGGCUGCCCCGAGGAGCGAGUGUACAAAAACCAAAUGUUCACACUGUACAAAGCAACAUAACCCCACACAGUGGCUGUUUCCCGCGUUAUUGUUAAGAGUAUCCUUUUUUUCUGAGGCGAUCGUGUCCCGGAGAAGUACUGUCUAUGUAGCGGAGGCUGGCGGCGCGUUGGGCCUCGCAGCCACACACGGGUGACCGCCGCACUGCUGGGACUGACUGGUGAGCUUCACGACCCUUGCCUGUCACUCCUUCCAUCACACCACACUCACCAAAAUCAUAAAGUUACGCUUCUGUUCAAUUCCUCCAUUAAAUUCUCCGAAAAAAAAUAAUAAUAAUAAUAUUGUUAAAACGUCUCGAAGAAAUAACUGUUUUUCAGUGUUUGGGAAAGAAAAAUCCAUUCUUCAAAAACGUCUAGGAAAAAAAAAACUUGUCUCGUUUCGUUAAAAAAGUGAACUGUAAAAAAAAGAAAAAAAAAUUCUAAGCUAAUCCAUGGUUCGAAAGUGUCUGAGAAAAAGAAAAGUUAUAUAUAUUAUUAAAAAAAAUCUAAAAAAAAGCUCAUCUCGUUAAAAAAUGUUAAAUAACAACAACAACAACAGCAACAAUAACAACAACAAAUUCUUUCAUCAACUGAAAAAAAAAUAUCACUUCAAAAAUAUAUCCUUUGUUGAAACUCAGAAAAAUCGAAAAAAAAUAAAAUAAAAUAGAAAUAAAUAAAAAAAAAUCAA